UGUCACUGAGGGGCGCUUCCCUGUAUGAGCGCGGUCUGGAGCGAGUGGAUUUUCUCAUUUUACCGUUGAUUUAUUUUUUAUUUUUUCGGACCGUCAUUCAGGGGCUGAAUGGCGUGGGACAGGUGUAAUCUGGAUUCGGUGUGGAGAGAAAUAGAGUGUGCUGCCUUGGUUGGUGAAGACCAGCCCCUUUGCCCUGACCUGCCUGAGCUUGACCUCUCUGAGCUGGAUGUCAGUGACCUCGAUGCAGAUAGCUUUCUGGGUGGACUCAAGUGGUACAGCGACCAAUCAGAGAUAAUUUCCAGUCAGUAUGGCAAUGAAGCAUCAGACUUCUUUGAGAAGAUAGAUGAGGAAAAUGAGGCCAACUUGUUGGCAGUGCUCACAGAGACCCUGGAUAGUAUCCCAGUGGACGAGGACGGGCUGCCUUCAUUCGAGGCUCUGGCAGAUGGGGACGUGACCAAUGCCAGUGAUCAGAGCUGUCCUUCCACCCCUGACUGCUCGCCACGCACCCCAGAGCCAGAGGAGCCUUCCUUGCUGAAGAAGCUCCUUCUGGCGCCUGCUAACUCCCAACUCAGCUAUAAUCAAUACCCAGGUGGCAAGGCUCAGAACCAUGCAGCCAGCAACAAACGUAUCAGACCAGUACCUGCUGUUGCCAAGACAGAAAACCCCUGGAACAGCAAACCUCAAGGGUCCUGUCCCAACCGCUCCAUAAGACGCCCUUGUACUGAGCUGCUCAAGUACCUCACCUCUAGCGAAGAGGCCUUCCAGACCAAAGCCAGUGAAGCCAAGAGCACCUGGGCUGGCUGCAGCAAGGAUAGGAGAGGGGCUUGCACCUCCUCCUGCUCAUCGUCCUCCUCUCCAUCAUCCUCAUCGUCCUCCUCUUUCUCCUCUCUGUCAUCCUGCUCCUCCUCCACUGCCUCCAAAAAGAAGACAUCCUCUGCCUCCCUGUCAUCACAGCAGCAGCAACAGCAGCAGCUGGCAGUGCAGGCCCAGCGAGGUGAGAGCCAGGCAGACGGCGCGUAUAGUGUGGCUGGUGAGGGGGCAGGGAAGUGGCGGCGGUGUACUCACAGGGAGCAAUCGGCCCCCGUUGCGCCAUGUGGCCAUGCUUGCUCCGGUGAAGAGGGUGCUGACCCAGGCAGCUUGGCCGCCGCCCGCUUUAUUAGGUACAUGCACUCUUACUCUCUCCAGCCUAGAGAGAUGGGUCAUGCAGGCAGCUGUGGUCAUUGCCUUGAGGUGGGCGGCAGGGCUUAUGCUGGCCGUGCUAGUAGGCAUUUCACGGUGACCAUUAGGAAACAGAGGCAAGAGCUAAAGCACCCCAUGCUCAGUCAGCUGCUCACCUCCAGACCCAGGCCAGCCCGUUACCGGGCCCACCUCCAGUUGCCCAAUGUCCCCCAUAAUAUAAGGCAAUACCUACCUGACGAGGCUCAUAGAGUCCAAGAGAGUGAUGGACACUCAGAGCAAGCUAUUCAUGAGCAUGAUAGCAAGACACCCAUUUCACACGAUCAAACAUUUAGCCUGGCUGACCAGAGUGAUCUAGAGUGUUCAACAGAGCUUAAUCUAGACUUAGAGAGCUGUUUAAGCAAAACAGAAAGAGAAAGUUUGUGUGAUCUUGUGAGCCAAGCUGGGGGGGAAGAUGUUUUGAAUGAUGUCAUAGGCAGCCCCAUGUCAUUCUCACAGGGCCUGCCAAGCCCAUUGUUCCCAGACUCUUUAGUUCCAGAGCACACCCCCUCCGACUCACAAGGGCAGCGCCCACAUAAACAGGCACUCUGCAGGCACCUCGAUGACCAAGUCUCACCAAUGUUAGCCAAACCAACCAUCUUGCCACUUCCUUUGACCCCAGAGUCUCCAAAUGACCACAAGGGAUCUCCGUUUGAGAACAAAACCAUUGAACACACAUUGAGUGUGGAGAUCUCUGGUACCCCAGGUUUGACACCACCUACCACACCUCCUCACAAAGCCAGUCAAGAGAACCUUUUCAAAGUAUCACUCAAAAACAAGCUGUCUUCAUGCUCUUCCUCGGCCCUGUCAAGCAAAAGGCCCAGGCUGAGCAACGGGGGCUCUUGCCCACAGCCAACCAGCAGCUCUAUUCGGAAGGGCCCAGAGCAGACUGAGCUCUAUGCGCAGCUGAGCAAAGCAUCCUCCACAAUGCCCCUAGGGGGCUCAGAGGAGCAUCGGGGCAAGCAGCCCAUGCCCCGUGUCUUUGGCGAUCAUGACUAUUGCCAGUCUACAAGCACAAAACGAUACAGCACUAAUACCACGGCUGCAGCGGUUUCUGAGCCAAUGGAGGAAUGGCAUGUAGAAUGUAAAGACUCAAAAAUGCUAACCUCCUCUAUUACUACAUCAUCUUUGUCUUCCGCCUCCCCUUCGUCUUCCUCUCUGGCCAGGCAGCUUCAGGGCCUUUCACCCCCAGCUCAGGAGGCUUGUCUCGGACAGGACCCCAACUCCACUUCUGGCUCCAAAAGUUCAGUAGAUUGCACUUCUGCUGGCAGGAAACUGCUUAGAGACCAGGAGAUCCGAGAGGAGCUCAACAAGCACUUUGGAAACCCUCAGCAAGCCUUCAUUAGCGUGGAAGAGGGAGAGCAGAGAGGCACCCAGCUGCUAGAGGACAGCGACACUGGGGAUGAGUACUCUGGCCUUCUCGGACACUACAUUCACCAAGGUGUGCCAUACUUAGAGGAUCUGGAGGUAGGCCGGGAGCGCCUGCUCCGCUUGGGGGAAGGUUUUCCACUUGAACUGCUCCUCGAAGGGUCACCCUGUAGCUCCCCUUCCUGCAGUUCCUUGUCAUGGAGCUCUGUCUCACCUCCAUCCACUAAGUUGUCCCCAUGCUGGCCACGCACCCGCUCCCGUUCUUCAUCUCACCACAGAAGCAGAUCCCUCUCCAGGUCUCCAUACUCCCACUCUGAGUCUCCCGACAGCCGUUCUCCCACUAGGUCUCCUGACAAUAUGGACAAUAGCACUUUUAUUCCCAGAAUUUAUAGAAGCCCUCAAUCCCAGUCCCAUUCCAUUUUUGGUCGGAGGCCCAGGUAUGGUAGCUAUGAGGAAUAUCAGCAUGAGCGCCUGAAGCGGGAAGAGUAUCGACGCGACUAUGAAAAGCGUGAGUGCGAGAGGACUGAACAGAGGGAGAGACAACGGCAAAAAGCAAUAGAGGAGAGGCGAGUGGUGUAUGUGGGACGUCUUCAUGCCGACAUCACACGCACCGAGUUCAAGCGCCGCUUUGAAGUCUUUGGUGAGAUUGAGGAGUGCACAGUCAACUUGAGACAUGAUGGGGACAAUUUUGGCUUCAUCACCUACCGCUACACUUGUGAUGCUCUCGCUGCCCUUGAGAAUGGACACACCUUGCGCAAGUUGAAUGAGCCUCACUUUGAGCUCUGCCUUGGUGGACAAAAGCAGUUCAGUAAAUCGAACUACACAGACUUAGAUUCCCAUUCUGAUGACUUUGAUCCAGCCUCAACUAAAAGCAAGUAUGACUCCAUGGAUUUUGACAGCUUGCUGCGAGAGGCCCAGUACAGCCUGAGAAGGUAAUGAGCACCACUGCACCGGCUGGCUACAAAGAGAGGAAUUUUCAAUACCUCACUGUUGUUUCUGUUCUUUGAAUACAAGACUACCAGAAGUUUUACACUUUAUGAAAAUGGAAAGAAUAAAGAAAAAAAUAUACGUACAGUAAAUAUGUAUACCUGCAAGCAAAGUUUACAUGAACCUAGCUGCUGCAAAGCUGAGGAGAGACAUUACCUUUGGGAAUAGCCAGUGAAGUAGUGCAGUGGACACUUUUGUGGACUACACCGAUCUGUGUGUGUGUGUGUGUGUGUGUGUGUGUGUGUAUGUGUGUGUGUGCUGUACUGCUAUGUGAGGCUCUGAAAGAGAGACACUUCUUCAUCAGAGUUUCUCCACACACCACAUCACCCUCAGCGCUUUUGAGAGGGGGAAAAAUGUGCAGCUUGUUCAGUCUGUUUUUAUUGUUUGGAGUUUAUUUUUCUGUUUUUUUUUUUUUUUUUUAAUCUGGUGUUUGGAUGUGGUGUUAAAUUAUCGAUAUGGGUUUGGGAAAAUAUCUUGGAUGUUCAAGGUAACGUUCUUUACAUUUAUUGAGGGAAAAAAGGUAGUCACCUAUUUACAAAUAUAAUUAAAAUUUAUAUUUUUAUUUCACGUGCAUAUCAACGUUCUUUGUUUGUUACAGCUAUGCACUGUAAAAUGCAGCCUUUUUUAAUAUGAAAUUUUCUUAAUUGAGAAUGUUGAUCUGCAGUCAUUACAAUGAUGUAUAACAUACAUGGCGUUUAGAUGACAUGAUUUGAUUGUAAAAACAUGUAUGGAGAUUUAUUGCUCUUUUUAGGGGAGCAUGAAACAGAUUUUAGUCUCUAUUUUCCUUUUAUUUUAUUUUGUUUUUUAAGAUUUAUUUUAUUAAAAAACUCCAUGUGCAGUUUCAUCCAAUAUAAAUGAAGUUAAUGAGUGUUUUGCUUAUACAUGCAGUGUAAGAUAGAUUGUCAUGGGUUUAUGUUCACAAUUGUAAAAAAAAAAAAAAAAAAAAAAAGAUAAGCCCCAAGAUAUUUUUCUAUCUUUUAUGUAUGAGGGAAUCAAUAGCUUAUAUUUAAUUUCUCUGUGCACUCAAAUCAUUGUUAUUGUUCCUGUUUGAUAAUACACAAAGAGUUGAUUAACACAAAAUAACUCAUGCUUAUGUAUUUAUCUCAGUAUUCUAAUCUAAAUAUUUAUGGCUGCCAUCUCACGUGAUGCGCCUUACAAAUUUUUGCUAUUUAUAUAAUUUGUAAUUCAGCAAUCACUGGAAAUUAUGUAAAUUAAAUGUUCUAAGAAAAUAUUGUUUUUAUAUACCUUCAGAGAUAGAAAAAAAAAAAAAAAACAUUGUAUGAUUACUAUUCUAGGCUUAUUAUGAACUUUGCUGCUCCAAACUCAAGUGAUUUAUUUGUCCACUUGUUUUCCAGCUCUAAAACACUUCCAUCCCCCUUUUUCAUCUCUUUUUUUAUUACAUGAAGCAAUAAAAUAAUUUUGCAGGUAUUUUGUUGUACCACAGAUAAUCUGUCUUUGCUCCACACUUCUGAUUAUGUGAAUGCCAAACUGAAGUUUACAUUUUUUUCCUGAAUUUUUCAAAAAGAAAAAUAUGUAUUUGAUGUAAAAAUAAUAUAUAUGAUUAUACUAAUCUUGUCAUUCAUUACUCAAAAUAAUUCAAAAUAAUGAAGCGUUAUAAUGGAAUAUGAAAAUGUGAAUAAAAAAAUAAUUAUUAUUUUUCAAAGCUGUAUGUUAGCUUAUGUUGUUGUAUGGUUUUAGACAUGUCAAAUUACCCAGACUCUGUUCAAAAAUAGGGGAUCAGAACAUGGAAAGAGAAAUCAUCUUCCCCUCUGUGUGCCAGCUAUGAAUGCAUACAUGUGUCUGAGUGUGUGUGUGUGUGUGUGUGUGUGUGUGUGUGUGUGUGUGUGUGUGUGUGUGUGAGGGGGUCUGCAUUAAAGAAAUGCAAUAUAAACAAUGAGUUGUAGGGUUAAAACUCCAAAAACUGCAUAUCAACAAAGGUUUGCUAAAAGUAAGACCAUUUGCUUCUGCAAAAACAGCUCUCUAUGGCUUUGUUCACACUGCAAAAUAUUUUUUCUGUUCAGACUACUGUCAAUUUUUCUAUCACGUCCACAUUAGUUGUCAUGGUAACACAGAAAACUUGCAUGAGAUUUUAACACUGGUUGUUUUACCAUUGAUUAUGCUUUUCAUGAGGGCAGUAUACAAAUGUGAACAUUCUUCACAGACAACGGAUUAAAAAGGUGAGAGGUGGCAUAUGCAAUGUUUGUUGCUGCUAGUGUUGUUGCUGCCCGUUUUAGCUUCCGUCCGUCCUGUAUUUUGGCCGAAAUUACAACAUCUCAUUAGGGACGCCUUUUUAUCUUGAGGUCCUAUAUUUUAGCGGAGAGUGAAACAUCCCGUAUUGCAGGCUUUGUGUCUCGUAUUAAAUCAUAAAAAGUUUGGACGGUGAGACGAGGACCCGCGUCCUAUGAUAAAAUGCUCAAGUGCCCCAUAUUCGCAUGACAUUCAAUACUUUAUCGCGUUGUUGUUUCUCACAACCGGUAUGGAUUACUGCACCUUAGUGCAUAUCUUUGGGUAAAUUAAGCCAAUGUCUGUGUUAUUAUAAGAGGUUUGCAGUGCUUUGUAUGCCCUGUAACAUAUAAAUGGCAUAUGGGUGUGUUUCAUUCAGAAGUGAUGAUCUCUAUGCCCUGUUUACCUUCCACUGUGAGAGAUUUGUAGGGCUGAAAUGUAAAAAAAAAACAAAAACAAAAAAACAGGCUGAACUCACAUUUGAAGUCAUUUUUAUUGAAAAUUCUGUUUGUAACGAUCCUACUGCAUGGCCAUCAUUAUUGUAUUAAAUUCAAAGUGCCCUGUAAAGGCAUUAAUUAUGCCGUUCGAAGCACAGAAUGUUUUCUCGUCGCAAAACCUAUAACGACUGUCGCGCACAACAACUGACAAAAAAAACACAUGAAAUCCGUUCUGACCAUUCAGACUGAGAUGCAUUAAGAAAAAUACGAUUUUAAUCGGAUUCCAAACCACCUACGAAUGUGGUUUGGAUGAGGCUUGUAAAAAUCGAAUUUAAUGUGUUUUUGUCCUGUUCAGACUACAAAAACCUAAAUGGAUUUGAGUGACUGCGUCAAAAAAAUCCGAUUUUUUUCUACCUGUGUGAACAUAGCCUAUGAUUUCUAGUUAAUCAAAACCACAAAAUAAAGUCUGUUUAUAAAGCAAGAGCUACCUUUGUCUUAGUUUAACGUACCUUUGUCUUAUCUGUAGUGUAAUUUGAAGAUACCUUAGUGUAACUAUUAAUAAUUAAAAUAGCCAAAACACAACAGUACCUAGUCACUGACACUUAAGGUAACCUUGCAGUUCUUGUCAAGUAAUAUCAGUUUUUGUUGUUGUGCUAAAUUGUUUUUGAAUGAAAGAGCUUACCUUUAAAGACCCUGAUGUAUUUUAGUUUAUAUUAAACUAAAAAAGUCAGAGCAACUUUCAAAAGCAGUUACGGUAUAUGAGACUGUCUAAUUUAAGCAAUACAAAGGGGGUCAGAAACUUUUUCUACUUUUUUUCUCUCUGCACAGAGCUUGGGUAUGAAGUCAUGUCCCGUUUGAAUUACAGUAUGAGGCUUUAAUCAUUGCAACAUAUAUGUUGCAAAUCUGCUUUGUAAAUUGCUGGAGUAGCAAUAUGUUACAACACCUGACUGGGUGUAUCUUUUGGAGUGGCAGACUUUUUACCACAGUGAAAAUUACUGAAGUAUUUAUCACUGCUUUUGGACAUUUUUUUUUUAUUUUUAUUAUUAUUAUUAUUAUUAUUAUUAUUUUUUAUUUUAUUUUUUUUGUUCAUGAAGAACAGGAUAUAUUAAGGCUGUGUGUGGUUUUGUGUGUGAAUUUGAUAGAAUGUGUGUGUAUUUUGGGUCAAGGGGACUGUGUUCGGCUGUUAUCUUCUAGUUGUCUCCUAUAUCUGUUGCCUUCUGCUGAGUCCUAAACAAUGCCUUUGUAGUUGUACGUUAAUGUACAAUCUUUGUUGUGAAUGUUUUUUUUUUUUUUUUUUUUAUGUGUAGUUUUCAUCAGCCUCACCAUGCCAAUAAAGGGAAAUGUAUCUAAUUUCUAUCUUUCCUCCUUUUUGUGAAUUGUGCACAUUUAAACCUGA